AUGGGAAAUCGGACACAGCUUGAUGCCAAUGUUAUUACCUAUGCAUUCGCUAUACCGCUUGGAUUGCUUGGAUUAUUUGCAUAUGGGAUAACCCUUUAUAUCAUUAAUAAAUCACCGAGGUAUCGUAACGCAUUUGGGAUUCUAUUCACUGCUUACAUCUCAUUUCACAUACAAACUCUCAGUGCGUUACUCCUUUGGACAAUUAUUAGAAUUAUUGUAAACUUGGGAUUCACAUCAUUUCCAUGGCACAUUUUCAUUCGAAUAGCAUCUCCCAUUUCCAAUUCAACACUGUAUGCGGCCAUUUGGAUGCAUUUCGUUUUGGCAAUCAAUCGACUUUGGGCAAUUUCAUAUCCGAUGAAAUAUCAUCGUAUUUUUAAUCCCAAAAAUGCUUGGAUAACAGUCAUAUCUCUAUGGUCAUUUAGUAUGCUAAUCACUCUGCUUUAUUACAACGUCGAAUGCCUGCUUUAUGUCGAAGCUUAUAUUCAUUCAUGGUCAAACCUUUAUGGACCAUGUAAUCAUCCUUUCUUCGCUUAUAUUGCUAUGUUCCUGUCCGAUGGUGUCAUCGUUAUCACUGUUAUUAUCGAUGCCAUUGCUUUUUAUCGCAUCAUCACUUAUUUCAAAGGUAAAAAUAGUGAAGGAGCUAAUGGAAUGCAAAGAAGGAUGAAGAGAGAAAUCAUAUUUUUUAAAGAGACUUGCACCAGUACUAUCAUACAUGUAUUUUUUGUAGUUAUUUUCCGUUUUAAUUUACCUAUGUCGCGUUUCACCAAAAUCACGUACACGUGGCUUGCAAUACUCACAUUAGAUGGUUUGGCAUUCGUAUAUUUCAAUCGAUAUUUGUUGAUGAAACAAAAUGCAAUAAGUUUGUCAACAAAUACAAUGGGAUUACGCACAAAAACAAUGAGAAAUGAUUUGAACACAGCAGCCAUAUGUACAGCUGCAAAUAACAUUGUGAAUAUCGCUUCAAUGAAAAGAAAAUAA